CAAAACUUAUUAUUAAAUUUGCUUGUUCUAAAAACUUUGUUUUCAUCGAGUAUUUGUUAUUAUAAAUAAUAGUAAGUGAUUUAUAAUGGACCCCUAUGAAGUUGAAUUCAUUGGAGAGAACAGGAUUAUAAGUGUAAUACCAAAUUUUUCUUACGACAAAAUCUACUUGAUUUGCGGUGAAUUUGGUCCAUUUCGUGCGGGUUUGCCAAUAAAUGUACCUCUAUGGCUUGCCAUGAUGUUGAAACAAAAACAAAAGUGCCGUAUAGUGCCUCCAGACUGGAUGGAACUCGAUACUUUGGAAAAUAUCAAAGAAGAAGAGAAGAGAUCUAGGUUCUUCACAAAAAUGCCAAAUGAACACUACAUGGUAGAAGCUAAACUAAUCCUCGGAACAGCAUCCGAAGACGUCCCAAACGCAGCAGAAAUAAAAACUAUUAUAAAAGACAUUUGGGAUAUACGCAUGUCCAAGUUACGGACAUCUAUGGACGCACUGAUGAAGUCCGGAGGUGGUUACGGUAGGCUGGACCACUUGACUAUGAUGGAGAUUAAUUCUGCAAAGCCAUUGCUGCCAUCGGCUAUGGAUUAUUUACUUCAAAUUCAGAAGAAAGCGCAACAAAGAGUACAACAGCCGUCAGCUCUCAACACAUCGACAUUCAGCCAAUCAGGAAGCUCUCAGAACACUUAGCACGGUGAUUACUUUCUAAUGUGCAAUAUCUAUGUUUAAGCUAUGUAAGUUAUUUUUUAAUUGUAGUUAAUUCUGUAUGUAACUUUUUUGUACGAAUUUAGUAAAUAA